AUGGCUCCUCAGCACUCGGGUGAUGUCUUGACCCCGCUGCUCGGCGCUUUGAAUCUUCAAGCGCAGCGUCCCAAAUACCCUUUUGUCUUUCUCCCGGAUCAGAUGCCUCAGAUACCGCAGAUACCUCAGAUGCCAUAUAUGUAUCCAAAUGUUCUUCCAUACCCUACCCUUCCAUAUCUGGUGAACUGUAAUGAAGAGCAGAAGAACGAAAGCCUCAGCCUUCCUUUUCAGAUGAUGAAGACUCCCAACGGUUACAUCCUUCAAGACCUGGAGAGCUUGACAAAGCAGGAUCCCCCAAUUCCACGGGCAGUGCCUGCAAUGUGGACCAAUCCAUCCGAUCUUACCCUCGCUAAAUGCCUCGAGAAUCGUGAGGGUAUCACCAAUGUUUACAUCCGAGGUUUCCUGCCGGAAACGACCGAUGAGAUGCUGUACGCAUAUGCUUCCCGCUUCGGAAAAAUUGAUCGUUGCAAGGCAAUUGUGGAUUUGGAUACGGGUCUUUGCAAAGGCUUUGGCUUCGUGCAAUACUACAACUUCGAAUCCUGUGAAAAUUGCAUUCGGGGAUUUUUCUAUCUUGGCUAUCAAGCCAGCUUUGCUCAGAAAUCUCGGAACUCGCGUCUCAAGGAUCUAGAAGACAAAUCAUCCACCAAUAUAUACUGCACCAAUAUUCCGAAUGAUUGGACUGAAGCCGAUCUUCGUCGUCAUUUUGAGCCUUACCGUGUCGUGUCCGAGAAGAUUAGCCGUGAUGAAAAAACGGGCGUGAGUAAGGAAGUUGGAUUUGCUCGAUUCGAGACCCGAGAGAUCGCAGAAAAAGUGUUGGCCGAAUUCCACAAUGUCAUGGCAAAAGAUGGCGUCAAGUUACUCCUUCGCUUUGCAGACACAAAGGCUCAGAAGCUGCUCAAACAGCAAAGCAAUGAGCGCCGUGCUUAUCGAGCUGGGGAGUACAAUUACUCAGUUGAGGUAGUCCAAGGCUCAACCCCAUCACCUUCUUUGCAUCGUCUGCAACAAACUGCGUCCCAUCUCAGCCCCAGCUCCCAAGUCAGUUAUCCAUCUCCUGUGGGGAUGGGCCCUACCUGGACCCCUGCGACGUCCAUUUCUCCUCCGUAUCCUGUGGUGAAGAACCAGCUCAGCAAUGUACACCUCAACACCUGGUCCGCUGGGAACAGCCCAGCAACACUUGACACGCCUGUCUAUCGUGGACGGCUUCCAAUUAGUCGUAUGGGCUGGAUGGAAACCAUCUCUGGUGGUUCGUCUAGGACAGUUUCGUCCAGGACAGCCUUGCCCAACUCUCCUUGUGCCGAACCCCGUUCUGGGCCAACCAGCCCCCGAAAGGAGAAUAUCAAAGCUGAGUCUUUGUCGCCUAUCCCAUCACGCAGGGAGAUCACUGUGAAAUCUCCGCGAUCCGUCCACUGA